UGGGGCAGCAAGUCCGCCUCACUCACUCCAUCAACGGGACGUCACAGGUUGUUUUUUUGCCGUGACUGAGAAAAGUGGGGCGGCGAGGGAGGAAGAGAAGGAGGGUAAAAAUCAGCCCGUUCCGAUGUGUGUGUGUGUGUUUUUUUUUAAACGGGGCAGCCAGGGAAGAUGUUUACGCAGCCGAAACCUUUGAGGUAAAGCGAUAGCCGGAGUAAUUGUGAGGCGGCAGGGUUUCCUUCCAUCAGGGGGCAGCCGGUACAAUGGCGAGCUCGCCCAAUUAUUACCACCAGGAGCAUUUACUACUACGCCGACACCACAACAACAGAGGGGACAAUGAAAACAACAGACGCGCCGCCGGGGACGCGGCUGCCAGGAGAAGGACGGUGACAACAACAACAACAACGACGACGGCCACGACGACGACGGCGACAGCAACAACAACAAACUCGCCUUCGUUACCGUUAACGCCACCGUCGUCGCAGCAGCCGGCGUCAACGGUAAGGGGUGGACACGCGGCGGAGUGGGCACACGGCGAGAAGGAGAAGCGCGACGGCGGGGCCGGCAGCAGCAGCGGCAGCAACAACAACAACAGCAGCAGCAGCAACAGCGGCGGCGGCGGCUCGCCAACGGUCCGGCUCGAGCCCGCCACACAAGCGCCAACGCCGCGCGACACAGCAGCGGCAGCGGCGGCGGCUUCUUGCAAUGCGCGCGAGGCGCUGGUGGCCAACGGCAGCCGCAGCGCGUGGGAGCCGGUCACCCCCGCGGCGGCGCGAGCCUCGGCCACCGCCACCGCAUCCACUUCGACCACCAUGGACGUCUACGAGGACGUCAGGAAAUACGGCUACAUGAGGAAGCAGAAGCACGGCCACAAGCGUUUCUUCGUGCUCAAGGGCCAGAGCCACCUGGGUCCGGCCAGGCUGGAGUACUACGACAGCGAAAAGAAAUGGAGAAACCGGUCGACCGCACCGAAGAGGGUCAUCCCCCUCUAUCAGUGCUUCACGGUCAGUCGGAGAGCAGACGCCAAAAACAAGUACCUGGUGGCCCUGUACACGAAAGAUGAAUACUUUGCCAUGGUGGCAGAUAACGACCAAGAGCAAGAGAGCUGGUACUUGGCCAUAAGUGAACUAAUGAAUGAGGGGAAGAAGAUAGUUUUGGAGCCUGAUGAAGUGGAGGAAAACUAUGGUAAUUUUACCCCCGGCACUGCCUUCAGAGAAGUGUGGCAGAUUAACGUGAAGCCAAAAGGGUUAGGGCAAACCAAGAACCUGACGGGGGUGUACAGAUUGUGUCUUUCCAGCAAGAUGAUCCACUUUGUUAAAAUCAAUUCUGACGUGCCUUCUGUGCAUUUGCAAUUGAUGAAUAUCAGGAGGUGUGGCCACUCUGAAAACUUUUUCUUUAUUGAGGUUGGGCGUUCUGCAUCUAUUGGCCCUGGUGAAUUGUGGAUGCAGGUAGAUGACUCAGUGGUAGCUCAAAACAUGCAUGAAACCAUUUUGGAGACAAUGAGAGCUUUGAAAGCUUUCACUGAGUUUCGUCCCAGAAGUAAAAGCCAAUCAUCUGGGACUAAUCCCAUAUCGUUUCUGACUCGACGACAUCUUGGUAAUUUACCGCCGAGUCAGACUGGAUUGCAAAGGCGUUCGAGGACAGAGAGUGUGACUGGAGUUUCUGUAUCCAAGAAUGAAGCAUAUCGUUUUCGAACAUCUAGCGAAGGUGAAGGUACGAUGACAAGGCCCUUUGGUUCUGUUACUGGAAGUUUAAUCCACUUGAAUUCAGCAAGAAUGGGUUUAAGUAGGGGUGAUGGCGGUGGUCGGUAUGUAAAGCCGCCAUUUGGCCCCUCAAACCAUAGUAGGUCAGUAUCUCUGCCCGUGACAUAUCUACCAUCUACCACAAGCCCCGUAAGCGUAUCUUCCAGCAGUGGGCAUGGUUCGGUAUCUGACCCCCUUACACGUCCAUCGAGUUCAUCCAUUUGUGGUUCCCCAAGUGAUGGUGGAUUUAUUUCCUCUGACGAAUAUGGAUCUAGUCCUGGGGACUUCAGGUACUUCCGUGUUCGGAGCAAUACACCAGAUUCACUUGGUAAUACACCACCGAUUCAAGAAGAAAAUUGUUUGUGUGAUUAUAUCUCAAUGGACAGACAUAUUAAUGCUGUCAAUCCUGAAAGCCGAGCAAGAGAUGACUACAUGGUUGCUGAGAAAGGAUACAGGAAGAGGACCCACUCUCUAACCACCCCUGGUGCCGUGAUAAUGCAUCAAAAGACUACACAGACAACUUCAUCUUUGGAAGAAUCUAAUGUUGAUUCAAACUGUGGGGGUAUUGGUAGCCAGCUGCCAAGUUCUGCAUCACCAAAGCUGACCUGUCAUCCUUGCCAUGAAGAUUACUGCGAUCUUGAGAUUGGGUCAUCAGUUACUCAAAGCCAAAGUAGACCAAAAGAUGAUGGUUAUAUGCCAAUGAUGCCUGGCGCUGCAUCUACCAACCAUAAUAGAAAUCAUGAUUAUAUGCCAAUGAAUCUUAGAAGCAUUUCUGCUCCAAAACAGAUUAGUUCUUUGCCGGCAAGUCAAACAGACUCGAGGGGAUACAUGGUGAUGUCUCCAAAUGAUAUCAGCUCAACAGUGCGAAGCGUGUUUACAGAAUAUAAUUCUAAACUAUUAAGCAGCAACAAUGAAAAAAUAUCAAAUAAUGAAUAUAUGGACAUGUCACAAAGAAAUCUAAAUGCACAGAAAUUAUCUAGUGAUGCUUUCUAUAAUCAGAAUAGCCCUGAAUCUCAAAAGUCUUACAGCUCGUAUUAUUCACUGCCUCGAUCAUUCAAAACUCCUGCACAAGAAAAUGGUGAGGAUGAUGAUUACGUUCCUAUGUGUUCACCAGGAAGGUUAAUGUAUGAGGAGGCUUCAUUAUUUACUGGCAGUAUUACCAAUAGCGGUUUAGUUCAUGAAACAUCUCAUUCUCCAAGGACACUUAACAAAGAUGACCGUGUCCUACAGAAAAGCCGGGUUGAAAGACCGACAAGAUUAUCACUGGGCAUGCCAGAAGUAAGCAGUUUACCAAGACUGUUUGAGCAGAGUUUGCCGCCCGAGCCAAAAAGUCCAGGAGAAUACAUUAACAUUGCUUUCAGUGAGAAGACUAGUAAUACACCAUACUCACUUUCAGCAGAAGGAUCCCCUUCUUCUCUUGGCUCCAGCAGUGAACACAGACGUUCUCCAAUGUCAGACUACAUGAGUGUAGAUUUAGAUGUGCAGUCACCAAAACCAGUUAUUCUUUCCUCAAUUCCUUUGACUGGUAUGCCCAUUGGUUCAGGUCUAAGUGUAACUAGAAGCCAGCCAAAUGAUGCCUACAUCAGUGUUCCUCUCAGUGCUGCUUGUGUCAACACACCUGCGGAAGUAGAUGAUUACACAGAAAUGACUUUUAAUUUGGCAGUUACAGCCACUCAUCCUGCUACGCCAAAGCCUGACACUGCAGAGGUGACUAGUCCUACUGCCAUUGUAAAGAGACUGUGUAUUAUUGAGCAGUAUACUGGUAUGAAUACCUUUCCUGUCCUUAAUCCUCUCCCUGAUGCCAAUCAUGGCCCAAAGGUGAUCCGUGCAGACCCACAGGGAAGAAGGCGCCACAGUUCAGAGACAUUCUCCUCUACUCCCACAGUGGCAUCCUCAUCUACGUUUUUUGCUGAUGGGAGUAAAAGGCAUAGCUCUGCUUCAUUUGAUAAUGUUUGGCUUAAACAAAAUGACUGCGUCAGUGAUGAGCACAGAAGUACCAUGUGCAGAAAUACAUCUGCAGGAUUUCAGAAUGGAUUGAACUAUAUUGCUUUGGAUUUGAGGGAGGAUCAUGGAUGUUCUGAAUCAAAUAGAGGUGGGCAGACUCCAGAUCGACCCCACGUCACCAACAGAAUAGAGUCUCAAGGUUAUGCCAGCAUAGAUUUCUCCAAAUCUGACGGGAUGAAAUAUACCUCCACAUCUGAAGAUUAAGUACACCAACAUGAUUUAAAUCCAUGUCAACGGAUGAAAAGGUUGAAUGUACCUUUUCCCAGAGUACCUACCAUGCAAAUUGUACAGCCGACUAGAUGGAACUGGUACUGUCUGAAACAGUCACAUUUUGCAAGAAUACCUGCUAUCUUCUCAUGAACAAGAUUGGGAUAUGUCAACAUAUGAAUCUCAACAGGACAAGGACAACAAAUUGCUGCCUUUUGGUACUUCCUUCAACAAAAAAGACACUCUUCCUUCAAGUUUCAGCUGAGCAAAAAAAGAAAAAAAAGAGCCAUAAUUAAUGUGAAUCUAUCUACUGAAACUUUUUAAAUCCAUUUGAAUGUUAACAAAAUAGUUAAAUUUUCACCAUUUUUGCAAAACAUUUCACAGAUACAUAAAAAAAAACUUUUUGUUAGUGUUUUCCCAAUUCAGGCACUAUUGGGCUUUCUUUAAAUAGUGCCAUGUGAAGUUUCAAAAAUAUAUCAAAAGUGAAUUGUAAGCAACAUUGCAAUUGUUUGUGGAGCAUCAUGCAUGUUCUGUGGGAUAUUUAAGUAUAUUCUGUUUUACUAUGCACCCAGAUAUUUUUUUUUUGAAGGGUAGCAAUUUUCGGAAAAUAACACUUACAAAGGACUAACAAGUUUUAUAGACCAUUUGUUGAAGUUUCACACUUUUGGAAAAUCACGCUGGUGUGGUUCACCAGAUCCCACAGCUUCUCAGACCAGCUGUAUAUAGUUCAUUGCUUUCUUCUUUAACUUGUGCUGUUUAAAGGCAUUCAUGUUGGAAAUCUCUUGUGGCCUUAAGCCAAGUAGGCCAAAUUAUUAAACCUUGUGAAUGCAGCUUAGGUUGACAUGAAGUUCAUGUGGGCAAACUAACUUCACUGACAGGUUGAAGGAGGAAAAUAUUUGUAAGCACAUUGAAAAGUUUAUUUUAUUGGGUAUUUGAUAUGUUCACUAUAUCAGUUAUGCUGAGAUAAACUUCAUCUAGGACACUUUUGUGUUUCUAAAAUUGCUUUAUUUUACUUUUUAAAUCUUGUAUGCUGCGAAUGGCUUUUGAUCUGCAUAUGCACUAGAUAUAUGCAAAUGAAAAUCUACUUUGGAUAUCCGUGACAAAAGUAUCCAUCAAGAUUGUGCAGAUUUCAUUCUCCAGAAGUUCCUUAUCGUGGUACAUGGUUUUAAAAUGUUGUCAUUGACAUUUACAAACUUUCCCCUUGUUGUCCUCUGUGUUCAUUUUUUUUCAGUGACACUGCCUUUGUAAUAACACUGAUAUCUCUGCAUCCUCUUCUACACAGUUGCAGAGGGAACAAUGCCAAAUAUAGUCAUCAAUGGUGAUUUUUUUAAUUUUCUGUCCCUUGAUCUAAUCUUAUGGUAUAAUUUGUGGGUCAUUUGACUAAUGGGUGUGAUUUAUGUCCCUCCCCCACACCUCUAUCCCCGUCCCACGCAGCAUCACUAAUUUUUACAAACUAUAACAAGAAACAUUUCACUUCUUGUGGUCGCAGUUUUGAUCUGCUUAAGUUGCAGGUAUUUUUUCCCAUUUUGUAUUGAUCAGAAAAAUGUGCAACAGUUAAGCAAUUUAAAAAAAUGUUUGUACUUGAUGUAAAAGAAUGUAGUUUUAAUUAUCGGUACAUGAUGAAUUAUAUUCUGAGUUAGAAAGGUACAUACAUUUUGGUUCAAAAUAAGACUACUCAAAUGUUAUGCUAAUCUCAAGUACUAUUUAAGAAAUCACGAGCUGUGGUUUCAAUAAAGGGUUUAAUUGAAAAGGAACUUCAACCGUCUACUCUGCAACAUUAGUCAAAAAUGAAAUGGCCAAUAUAGAUAUGCCACUUCAUAAAAUAAUUGGGUAUCAAAAGGUACGAGAUGCAAUCCAGCUUGUUAUAAUAUUUAUUAUAAGGUUUGUGGGGUCUAUUUUUGCGUGGAUCAUUAAAAUGUAUUGCAGGUUUUCAGUUCAAUGUACAUUUUCCCGAACAAUUGAGAUGAUGUUUAUUAUUUGUGGUACCGUGUGUUCAUGGAUCACAGUGCUAUCCUUCAACAGUAUUAAUCUAGUGGAAGAUAUGAUGAAUGCUGGAUUUUUUUUUAAACAGUUGUCUGAGUGAUACUGUCACUACACAAAUUGCUCCAGGCUACUGGAUUUAAUAUUCAGUUCACUUGGCCUAUCUGUUUUUCAUAAAUUAUUAGUCAAAAUCAUCCAACUUUCCAAUGUUAUUUUGGAAAAACAAAAUGAUUUUAUCAAAAGAUAAAGGAGUAUAAAUUUGUCUUUAAUUGCUGGUGCUAAACAGGCACUAAAUAUUGAAUGCCCACUGUACUCUUCUGAUAUUUAGCUCCACAUAAUACAAUAGUUCCUAUUUAGCGCAUAUGACCAAAAACUAUUUCCCACCCAUGGUUUCACUGAGAGGAUUAGUCAGAUUAAAUGAUAAUAUAAUGUGCUUGUCCUGUUGAAGGUGAUUGCAAUGAAAUCUUCUUGUUUGCUGAUUAGGCCAUGUUCAUUCUAACUUGCUACUCGCCUGUAUAGAAAGCUUGUUAUUUGGAAGAGGAAUGCAUGUAAAUGAAUGAUUGGCCUUCUUGCGCAGAAUGAAAGAUUCAAUCUUGCUCUUUUGUUCAUCUUUAUUCUUUUCUCCUAUGCAUCCCCACCUAGCUGAACUAGAACGUUUGUGACGUUGGUUUUGAAUGCCUGCCUUUCGAAAUAGGGAAUAGCAUCUUUGGAAAUGUUCGGACUCUUCACACAUAGUGGUGCACACAUAAGAUAUGGCUACGGGAGGAGUAAAUAUGUUUUCAUCUUUGGGAUUUGUCUUCGGAUGAUUGGCAAACAUUUAAUUUACAUUCUGCCUAUCUGUAGGAAAUCAUCCAUAUUAAUUUUAUUGCCUUAUUACAGUUUCAUGCUGAGUUGGAAAUUAAGGAAUCUAAUUUUCUAUAUAUUAUCUGGGAUUCACUACAUUGGACAAUGUUUCAGAACACAUCAAAACAGUUCUUAAUGGGAUGCACCUUGCAGUAAGAAUUGCCAUUGCAUCUUGCAGGAACCAUCAAAAUAAAGUGGAUGCUUCUGGUCAUCAAAUCUGAGAUUUGGCCAGUUCAGAGAAUGUAAGCAUUAUACAUAGUGCACCCUACCUACUCCCCCUCCCACUCCAUUCCAAAGCUUUGAUUUGUACAAUGGCGCUGCCUCACAGCACCGGAGACCUGGGUUUGAUCCUAACCUUGGGUGCUGCCUGUAUGGAGUUUGCAUGUUCUCUCUGUGGGUUUCCUCUGGGUGCUCCGGUUUCCUCUGGGUGCCCCAAAAGACAUGCGAGUUUGUAGGUUAAUUGGCUUUUGUAAAUUGUCCCUUGUGUGUAGGGAGAGCAUGUGAAAGUGGAAAAACAUAGAAUUAGUGUUAAUGGGUGAUCGAUGGUUGGCAUGAACUCAGUGGGCAAAAAGCCUGAUUCCAUGCUCUAUCUCUAAACUGAAGUAGUCUCCUGUUUGGAAGAAUGUCUAAAAAAAUACUCAUCUAUUAUUAUCUGCGCUUUAUUUUUGUAAUAUCUAUUAUAACUUUCAAUGAAAACGAAACAAGUUUAUAUAUUCGGGAGAAGCAGCUCGGUGUGAUGGAUGGUGCCAUUUAGGUCUUUAUUAUAUACAUUUGAUUAUUUUACACCUAACUCUCUUCCCCCACCCCCUUGCUUUUCUGAUCUUUCAUCUCAUUGCCAAUUGAAGCUGGCAAGAUCGAGUGAUUAUGAAUGAGAGCCACUAUGAAUGGAACCAAAAUGCUGGAAAUACUCAGCAAGUCAGGCAGCAGUGAUUUAAACCAAGGUGGGAUGCUUCUUGAGCAUUCAUUUCCUAACAUUGAUCUUUUCCCCAACUGAUCAUUACCAAAUCCACCAUUUACGAGCAGCAGUAGCGAUGUGGUCUGAAAGCAUAUUGAUUGCAAUUAUUUCUCCAUUAAGAAACCUAGACACUUUGAGGCAAUCGUCAGGGUUUGUAUCAUCCAACAUUGUUAUUUUAAAUUCACAUUAGAGGAAAUGGAAAGGAAAAAGAAAAUGCUAAAAAUCUCAGAUUAGAACCAAGCUAAUGAAGAAUUAAAAUGAUUGGAAAUUUGAAUCAGCUGUUGGAAGAAGCAUGAUUUUUGUUUCCAACUGCAGCUGAUGAAAUGAAAUAAUGGGUGGUGUGCAUAAUGAAAAGCUCAUUUGAUGCCAAUUUUGUGCUUCCACCAGUAUCUGAUUUAUUUCCUAGGUGUAUUGAAUCUUGAGCACAACUAGAAACAACAAUUUGCAUGUUCUAGUACCUGCCUUUCUCUAAACCUCCACCAGCCAGAAAGAUGUUCUAAUAAAGAUGAUGUGCAUUAGUAAAGAUAAAUACAUAUAUGAACAACAUUUACUUGAGCUGUUCUGGUGUGUUCCUAAAUGAGAGCGAAAUUUCAGUUAGUACCAGUAAUAUCCUAAAAUGUGUUUACUUAAACUCCUUGCUGCUUAUGAUGUUUGUAUUGAGUGAUUUUGGGUCGCUGUGUGAUGAAUUGCAUGGCAAUAUAGGUGGUUACAGUAAUUAAGAAGUGAGAAAAAUGUUGCCUUUUGCAACAGAGUCGGUUGUUUUCUCUGGCUUCAGGUUGCUGCUAAAAUAAGAUUUUAUGUUAUUGGUACAAUGACUGCUACUUGACCUGCAGUAGGAUAAUGCAAUUCUACAGCUUGUAAUGAUUGCAAAUUGCACUGCUGGUCGUAAAUGUAUGAAUAGUAGGCGCUGUCUUUGAACCACAGAUGGUGCUAUAUGGAUUGUAAUAGUAAGGUACAAAUUUUAAUUACUGACCCAUCCCAAGGGGAGAAUUAUGUUCAAUGAUAAACUAUAAACACCGGAUACUGCAUGAAUAUGUAAUAAUAGAGUUAGGAAUACCUUUCUGUUAAGAAUCUAU